AUGGAGCAGGACAUACCCUGUCACGUCUAUUCUUGCAUCAAGCCCGAUGAAUUCCGUGUCAUCAGGAUUGAGGAGGUACAACCUCAGGUUAAGUUCAGCCUGCAGACAUUCUCCAUUUAUGAGGCCCCCGUGUAUGAAGCCCUGUCGUACGCAUGGGGUACCUCACCGGAGAUGGAAGAUAGUGUCUGUAACGGUGCGCGUUUCCGCAUCUCCCAUACACUGGGUCAAGCGCUGCGCGGAAUCCACGCACAUUCUAGCGGGGGAUGGAUAUGGGUGGAUGCUAUAUGCAUCAAUCAAAGCGACGCAGAGGAAAAGGCGCACCAGGUCGCGGGGAUGGGAGAGCUGUAUUCCUGCGCGGACCAAGUCCUGAUCUGGCUAGGAGACGCCGCUGACGAGAGCGAUAUGGCGUGUUCGCUGUUGCCCGAACUUACGGAAAAGAUCUGGGCGCUGAAAGAGAGCACAGGAUGGAAACCGCUAACCACGGACGAGAUCGUAACGCAAGGCCUUCCGCAUCCUGAUGAUCAACUCUGGCGCGCCGUUCUGCUGCUCUACAGUCGGCCCUGGUUUCAGCGACUCUGGAUUGUUCAGGAAGUCGUUUUGGCGCCCCAGUGUGUUUUUUUAUGCGGUGCGCAGCAGGUCGAAUGGCAUGUUGUGGUGAAUUUUGCACUUGCCGCGUCAAAAUCCUUUUUCGUCAGCAAUAUCGCCGGCUUGCACGUUGAUGCGAUGGGUGAGGAUCAGGUAAGCCGGUCGACGAAUGGGAUCAAACUCAUCCGGAGCUCAUGCCGUUUGAAAGAUGGGUUGGAGGAGGCCGAAAAGGAGAUCGAGGGGCUUUACGCAAUGAUGGACAUCAUGCAGAGCCAGGGCGCCUCCGUGAAGGUAGACUAUGUCUAUGCAGUUCGCGACAUGCUGCCAGACGCCAUGCGUGAGAAGGUGGUGGUGGACUACUCCGAUGAGGCCAAGCAGAAUUACGGCAUCGUUCACGCCAGGUUCUUCCGCCAAUGCUUGGAGAGGGUCAGAGAUUGGCCAUCAUUACGCUUUCCUCCAACAACACCUCACGUAGGUAUCCCUUCAUGGUGCCCGCCUUGGGGCAGCGGCUGGAAUUACCGCUAUCUGCCCGUCGUGGGUUGUAAGGCCGGAAGACCGGCUGCAACGUCCCUCCCAUCGACCGCUGGGAACCUGUCGCUUACGGCCAACAACAGCGAUGAAGGGAUCCUGUGUAUUGCUGGCUUGUAUGUGGAUACAAUCCAAGAUGUCGUUCCCCUCAGCCAGGUGUUUGGCGAGAGCUCAAACGUUUUUCAUGCACAUCGCAUCUUGAGAGCUCUGAAGGAUUGCCUGGCUUACAUUCCCCACGACGCUGACAGUCGCCAACGCCUCCUUGGGGUUCUAAUUGGCCAUUGUGGCUGGCUCGAAUCACCCGAAUUCUCUGGGCGCCCUGACGGUGAUGUUCUAGGCAGUUUUGUCACAUUCCUAGAGCUCGCUGCAAACGAAAACCAUGAAGAUGGGGCUGAUCCACGCCCUGUCAACCUAAACACGGCGGAAUACUUUCUCGACCAGCAUCGCUUCUGGCGGGGCUAUCUCAAUCUCAUAAUGAUUCGAUGGCCAGGCAGAAGCUUUGCGUUUACCAACAACGGCCGUAUGGCUAUAGUGCCAUGUCACACUAAAUCUGGAGACACGGUGUGUGUCUUUCUGGGAGCGACUCUUCCGCAGGUUGUAUCUCGGCACGAGGAUGGCGUGCACCGGAAGUAUAUCGGACCCAGUGUUGUUGAUGGCAUUAUGCAAGGAGAGGUCUUUGAUACUAUGGGAGAGUGGAUGAAGAAUAAGGAGACGAUCCGUUUGAGAUAG